CAAGACGUCACAAGUGCUAUAGCCAGAUGGGAACUAGAUGUUGACAGUUGCUGGGGCUAAGUGAUCUUAUUACUCGACUGUGCUUAACCUUUUGAAAGAAAAUGACCAGACAUGGAAAAAACUGUACAGCUGGUGCUGUAUACACUUAUUAUGAGAAGAGGAAAGAUACCGCUGCCUCUGGUUAUGGGACGCAGACGGUUCGUCUGAGCAAAGAUGCUGUAAAGGACUUUGAUUGCUGUUGCUUGUCCUUACAACCGUGUAAAGAUCCGGUGGUCACAUCAGAUGGGUACAUCUAUGAGCGGGAAGCAAUUCUGGAAUAUAUUCUUCACCACAAGAAAGAAAUAGCACGGCAGAUGAAGGCAUACGAGAAACAGAAAAAUGAGAAGAAGUCAGAAAUGGAUGAAUUAAACAAAGCUGCAAAGGAAUCCCAAAUGAAAGUAUUUUUGGAUAAGGAAAUGUCAAUUAUCAGCAAGCCUCUGAAUCCUUUCACACAGAAACCAGAAGGUGAUGCGGCUGAUGCUGAGCCAAGCAGCAGCCAGCAGAGCAGUGAAGACAAGAAUAAGCAGCUGCCAAGCUUUUGGAUCCCAUCGCUGACUCCAGAAGCAAAAAACAGUCUUGUGAAAAAGCCAGACAAAACAGUCUACUGCCCUAUGAGCGGGAGGCCUCUAAAGAUGAAAGACUUGGUGACCAUAAAGUUCACACCAGUGGAUGAUAAGGUGGAUCGCGUGGGUCUGAUAAAUCGGCAAGACAGAUAUGUUUGUGCAGUUACCCGUGACAUGUUAGGAAACUCAGUCCCAUGUGCUGUGCUACGGCCAUCAGGGGCAGUUGUGACUCUGGAGUGUGUGGAGAAGCUGAUCAAAAAGGACAUGACUGAUCCAAUCACUGGGGACAAAUUGAAAGAGAAGGAUAUUAUCGUACUGCAGAGGGGUGGAACAGGAUUCUCCGGAUCUGGAGUCCAGCUACAGGCUAAAGAGUCCAGGCCUGUUAUGCAGGCUUGAACAUAAAAACCUCUUCACUCUCUGAA